AUGAUUGAGACGCGGAGUACUACGAUUUACGAUUCCGAGGGAGAUUGGAUGGGAAGACGGAUCACGCUCCCAUUCCGGAAAUUUCUUCAAUUGUGCAGCGCGCUGAAAUCUCUAUCUGAAAGAAAAAAAAAACAUCUUUCCGCGGGUAAAAUAAUACUUGGUUUCGUACUCGACGCUCCACGGCCACCUGUUUAUGAAACAAACACUCAAAGUAUCUCAAACUAUACAAUUCAAGACGGACCUCCCUCCUUGAGAAGGCUAAGCUAUGCUCAUUCGCAGCGUUGGGCUUCCCAAUCGUUCCCUCUUUCAAAAGGAGCCCGGCUUUUCAGCACGGCUUGGAUCACUACGAAUUAUCUCGGAGCCCGUCAGCCUUCACCCUUUGACGUAACCUUGAAUCGAGCUCUUGGCCAGCACCGCACAUGCCACCAGAUUAUGAGAUCACUUCAGCCAUCUAGAUUCGUUCCGGACAAUUCCUUGCUCCUUCUGAAUAAUCUCACCGCCCCAUCAUCGUGUCGGCGGUUCAAUAUUGAUCUCGUAACAUCGUCGCCAUUCAUCAGAAGCUUUGGCAUGCCAAGGCGCUACUGGGUUUCUCGGGUCACGUGA